CUCUGAUCCUGGCUCCACCCUGCCUCCACCCCCAACACCACCGAGAUCCAGGGCAGGGUUGGGUCACACGAUGGAGACGACCCAGGAAGCCAUAAGCGCAGGCAAUUUUGUCCCCAUUGGAACAGCCCUGGUGCACAAUUCCACAGAAGCCACGAGGGCAGCACAGCCUGUAGUGGAUGCUCAGCCUACUUCUGCAGAAUCCUCACAUCGUACAGAGGUGGCUCCCCACUCAUCCUCAUCUUUCCACUUGGGGACAGCUUUGCCCCUGAGGUUGGCAGACUCUGCCACCCAUCCUGCUUCUGCCAGCAACCUCCCUACUGGGUCCACAUUGCUCACCUCGUCUGUGGGCCCGGGUGGUGUCAUGGAAGAACCAAGAGCUUCCAGAGCAGGUGGGCAUGCCAGCGCAGACGUGCCCACGUUUCAGAACUCCACAGACCCACUCAUGGCUGCGGAGACUGCCUCCAGUGGGGCUUCCACAGCCACAGAAGAACCUGGCUCUCAGAGCCCCUCGGAGCCUGGCAGUGCCUGGCCCACGAAAGGGGGCAAUCCUGAACAGCCAUCCUCACAGCCAAAGCAGCUUAAUCCCAAGGGGGCUGCAGAAGAGGGCACCUUGCCCACCAUGGUCCCCACUCCAAUGGAGGUCUCUGUCAAUUACAGAGAAAGAACAGGGGUGCCUAGUGACUCCAGGGAGGGCCCUCAUAAAGCCACAACACACCCCACCCAGCAGGCAACAAGAGAGGGGUCCCUUUGGCAAGCCACAGAGGCAGCAGAGCCCUUCACCAGCACCAGCAGCCUCCCAGGAAAGGGUGCCCCCGCUGGCUGGACUCCCAGCCCAACCAAGACCCCAGCAGGCUCUGAGGCUGCCUUGCUCACUCCAGAGGGAGAUGAUGUGAGCACAGCUCCUUCGGUGAAUCCAGAGCUUCACUCCCAAGCAGCCAAUUCCUCCAGUUUGGGCUCUGGAACGGCUGUGCCCACAAGCAAGAUAGGAGCCACUGGGACCAUGCCCGUGACCCACCGGCUGUGGACCUCUCCAGGCAGGACAAGGAGCUGGGAAUGGGGGAAGAGGCCCAGCGCCACAGCUGAAGGUGGCUCUAUCAGGGAGAUUGCCCGUUCUCCGCUUAGUCUGGAGGGUCUUGUCCGAACAACAGCCACUCCAACAGGGAGCAGUGGACACACACAGCCGCCUAUGCCAGCUCCAGGACCAAAGAGCACUGCAAGGGAGGAACCUGUCAUUGCCAGCACCCGGCUCUCGCCAGCCACACCAGAGAAGUCCACAACACAACUGGAGCCGGCCGUGCCCAGGGAAGGCCGCCCCAGAGCCCACCAGGUCUUUGUGGCAGAGAAUCAGCUGCCCCGCCUGAAAGCCACUCUCCUGCAUAUCCCUUGUGAGCUGGUCCUGGCCAUGGAGUUUUCCAGAAGCUUCUGGAACCCUGACUCACUUGAGUACCAGGGCCUGGUGCUCAGCGUCAACGAAACGGUCACACCUCUCUUCGAUUCUCUGCCGGGAUUUCAGCGACUGGAAGUGAAGGCAAUCCGGCCCGGGAGUGUGGUGGUGGCAUUUGAUGCCCUCUUCCUGGUAGCGGCUCCCGGCUUGUGGGCUGCCCUAAAUCGCUCAUCCCUCUCGGAGCGCUUGCGGCCGGGGCUCUGGGUUGGCAAUGCCCGGGUGCUGCAGAGUACGACACUGGAGCGGCACCUGGACCUCUGCUCUGUGCUCUUCGCCUGCCAAGCCGGCUACGAGUGUGUCUCCACCAGGGAAGACGGGAGUGCCGUCUGCACCUCCGCGUGCCACCGCGACUACUGCAAGAACGAGGGCAUCUGCACCCAUGCCGUCAACCACACGCCUGUCUGCCAGUGUCCCGUGGGCAGUGACUUCUGGUUCCUGGGGGUGCGCUGCGAUUACAAGGUGACCCAGCAGGGCUUGCUGGGGGUGGCCUGCGGCCUCUUGCUGAGCCUGGUGGUGGUCGGAGCUGCCAUUGCCGGCCUGGUGAUCCGCCGGGUUCGCAUGCUGCUGCUGGAGGCCAGAGCGGAUCAGACCAAGAGCAGCUACCGCCGCUUCUGCCGCCUUGACGAUGUCUCGGCCCACUACUGGUCGGAGCCUUGGCUGGCCUCAGCAGUCUCCUUGGACAACCCGGCCUUCAGCAACUCGGAAGAACUGCUGCACUUGCAGAUCCUGGACACAGCCUGCUGCAGCUGCCAGGACGACUGCAUGGGCCCUGACGGCUACUGCAAGCAGCCGCAGGAUGCCCCCUGCAUCGGGGCCGCAGGCCGGCCGAGCGCUCAUUACAACCAUUGGGAUGUGAGCUCCAACAGCAUGAACGACCCUAUGAUAGACUCCGGGAAGGCCAGUGAAGUCUCCGUCUCCAGCUGGCCCAUGGAACCUAUUCAGUGGAGCCCUUGCCCUGCUCUGCACAACCCCUCCAGGGAGCAAGUGCACAAAGCCCAGAGGCCUCACUCUUACUGCGAGGGAAUGGAGCUGGUCAACCUGGAGAGAAGCUGGACAGCCUGAAUCCUUCCAGUCAGACACAGGACGUGUCAACGUGCUCAAAACCAACCUUUUAAUUUCUACCUGACCAGCUCAGAGAUUGCGGUGGCUUUGAACCCUGCGAACAGUGCAAGCCCAUCAAGGCAGGUGGCCGAUGUCAUUUUCAAUGCGAAGGCUUGAGGAGGCUCAACCAUCAAGCUAACUAGCCUUACUGGUUUGGUGUUGGAUUUUUUAUUUUUAUUUUUACGAGUAGUUACUCUUGGGAGGAACAGCACAGCACCGGAAUCCAACACUGGGACACGUCUGAGCAGUUAGUUCCUAUUUGGACGCAGGAGCUAGUUCCUAUUUGGAGACAGGAAUCUCCUUGACAGAAAAAGCUGGACAAGUAGCUGGAUUAAAGGGCGAGGAGGAAGAGCAGUUACUGUUUCGUUUUGUGCAAGUCGCUGUAAUAGAAGUAUUAAACGCCAGAGUUUAAAAAAACAAACCAAAACCCAGCAUUUUUUCCCCACACGCUCCUCAAUUUCCAAGUGUCCUGUCAAGAUGGGAGCUGGCCCUAAAAGGAAACACACAAAUACUAAGCCCUUGUUAACCUAGCAUAAUCUAGCAAAUCUGCCUGUGCACCAAUAGCAGAGGGUCCGGGGGGAAGAGGGGAGAGACACGGACAAACAAUACAAAUCACGAAUGAGACCGUUCCAUGGUAAGCAGCCAAAAAAUGUCAUGAUUUAUUAAUAUCUGGAGAAACUUCAUAAUUAGAACACAACCCAAACUGUACAUUUUACAAUCACACUCUAUUUGUAAACAGUUAAAAAGCCACUGGCGACUUUUGCAUCUUCAGACACAACAGUUAGAAUCAAGGCAAUGAAAUGAGAGCGUCUUUCAGCACAGUUAAAAAAAUUGGUUUCUUUUUUUAUCCUUGUUUAGUCUUUCAUCCUCCAACUAAACAAGCUUCAGGUAAUAACACCAUUUGUGGCAAAAGAGAAGAUGAUUUUAACACUUUCACAAGAAAAGUAUUUGCAGGAACUUUUAAAACAUUUAAAAUUUAUACAACAAAAUUCUGUAAGCCCAAGUUCUUGGUUACAGUCUGCAUAGUUACUUCAGCUUUAAGGUUAAACACUGAACACAGUCACGAGAGCAGGAAGAAGGGCCACACCAAAGGGGGGGAGGGGAGGAGGAAAGGAACAAGGGGGCCGGCUUUACAAAAAUUGGGGGGAAACUAGAGAUUAAGAGCCAAGCACCCCUCUCCCACCCCACACUAUUAAAAAGACAGCAUUGGAAAGCACAGAAUGUCAAACUCCAGCGAUUUGAAGCAAUUUUUGGCAGAAGAAGGUUUACAGAGCAAGUAGUAAUCAGUGCUAAAAGUUAUUUUCCUAUAAGAAACUACAAGGAGUUUUACGUAGGGACCUUGGUUUUUCCUGAGAGCCAUGCUCUUAGAUUUAGGAGGUGGGAAUAGAAAAAACACAAAUGGAACAUGGCCAAACACUGCUCGUUAUUCCCAGAGAUAGAAAGCAUCUUUUAACAUCCACAAUUUUUUUUUGUUUUAAAAAAAUAUUUAAGUGAUGGUCGAGUAAACAUUGUUUCUCAAAAGAAAAAGAAAAAAAA